GUGUGCAGAGCGAAGCUGGUCGCAAAAAUGGCGACGAACUUGCCGUACGAAAUCAGCAAGUUUUGCCGGCAUACGAAACAACUGAGGCAUGUUAUGCGGGAAACUAAAAGCACAUUUCAGGACAUAAAUAGAUGUGGAAAUCUGGAUGGAGUUCAACUGGUCUCUGCAGAUGUCACACAACAAGAACAAGAAGAAAUUGAAAGUAUCACCGAGCGGCCGCCAUGCAUCGUGGUAUUGGGGCAGACCGUCUACGCUAAAGCAUUUAUUGUAAAUGAACUCUUUAAUCAGACACUGCUCCCCAUCAUAGACCGGGAGCAGAACACAGACAAAAUCAGCUGGCGUAUGGUGCGGUUCAAAUACGGGACAAAAUUAAAUGUUAGCUUGUGCUUACCAGGCUCUUAUGAACUAGUAGACAAUUUAGCUGCCUAUCGUCAAAAAUGGCGGACUUUACCACGGCAGGAUUUAGAACUCAGUGAUGAUGAGAGAAAGGAUCCUGCUAAGGGGGUAGCCAUUUUGGAAGUGACUCUUAACCACCCGUUGUUAAAAGAUGGUGCCGAGGUGGUUAUGUCCGCGUGGAACGCAGAUUUGGAGGGGAAUGUGGAACAGACUUUAAAGAAAUGCUCAGAAGAUGUGCUACCGAUUCUGAUAUAUGCCAUAGGAAAUGAUAAACUUAGUGCUAAGGAUAUAGAAGAUUUGCAAGAGCUUCGAUUAUUAGUGCCGAAAACGCCCAUAUAUUUCAUCCAAGUGCCUUCACCAGAUCUCACAGAAUCUGCCCAGCAUGGGUCGCCUGGACAAACCGGACUAACUCAACGAAAGUCCAGCACCUACAACCCGGAGGUGAAUGUGAAUGCCUUAGAUAGACUGAUGUCCCUGAACCUAUUCCAGCAGUUAUGUGAUGUCGGUUUCUUAAAUAUGGUUCCCAAGGAUCCAAUUCCUCGGUCGCGGAUGUUGACGGACAGUAUAGAAAUAGAAAGCGAACUUGUAGAAAGGAUUGAUAACUUUUCUAGCACUUUGUUAUUAUUUGUCCGUCAUGUUCUCCAGUCAUAUUUAAUCCGUGCUUCCACCUUACUGAAUAACGUUCACACGAAGUGUUUGCAGAAUUUCAUCUUGACUGCGUUUGAUAUGGCGCGGGACAUGAUGAUUACACCCAAACGCUUGGAGUUUGCACGAGAAAAGGAGAAUGAACUCUACCUCUCGCUCAUGGAUAUAGCAGUUGAAAAACAGGAUGAGAUCAAGGCACUUAUUCUGGAUACAAUCACAAACGCCAAGGACGAUUUACUGCAGAUGGCGGCAGAGUACGACUUUGUAGGUGUCGAGAUACCGGAGGACUGCAUCGUCACAUCGGCGAACGACUUGAAGAUCUGUACUGGCCAGAUCAAGGAGUUGAUUUUAGGAAGAUUAAAUAGUGCCAUAGCCGGCAAGCUGACUGGCUCGGUCGAUGUACUCAGGGAUAGUUACACAGGAACAUUAACGCGAUGCCUGGUAAGUUUGGAGAAGGUUGACCCCGAGGCGAGCAUGAAUUCUGUGAGUCGUGAGGACUAUCAGAGUACGACGGAGGCGUUGAAGCAAAUCCUGAACGCUGCCUACCAAGUGGAGAUCACAGUCCGAACAAGUUCAUCACUAGUCAAGUUAUUGUUAGAAAAAAUGAAACAGCUAGUUCAAUCAAUGCCAUGGAGCCCUCCCCCCAAGGUUGACGCUGACUGGAAGAAGUCGGUCGCGUCGGAUAUGGUGGAUAGUCUAAGUGAAUCCAAGUUAGCGAAAAGUAUAUGUUCUCAGAUCAAAGAAAGAUUAAAAAAUUCCCACGAAGCGUUUUCAUCGGCACUGCGAGGGUUAGACGUGCGACACUCAGGGCGUUUGGAAAAGACGGAAGAACAAAGGUUACGUGUGCGGAAAAUUCAUGCUCCGAGAGUGGCUAGGAUGGCUUUGGAGAGCAUAUCUUUGCGGGAUAUGAUCAUGUAUGGUAUGCCUCAGAUGGGCCGUGAGAUUGGGCGUGGACAGUAUGGUGUCGUUUACUCCUGUGAUAACUGGGCGGGCUACUCACCAUGCGCUAUUAAGUCAGUGGUGCCACCUGAUGACAAACAUUGGAAUGAUCUUGCUUUAGAAUUUUACUAUACCAAGAAUGUAGCAGAACAUGAACGCCUUGUGACAAUCUUUGGUUCGGUCAUCGAUUAUUCCUACGCUGGUGGCACCUCGCCUGCGGUCCUCCUCAUCAUGCCGCGUCUGCAGCGAGAUCUGUACUCAGCUAUUAAAACAGGCCUUGAUUGGCCGAGUAGGUCACUGCCAGCUCAUGACCGAAUUAUCUCAAUGCAUGCAGCACUUAUUAAUUAUGAUUAUGGUGAUGGCUAUACGCCAGAAGUGCUGCUGGUCUCUGAUUUACUCCAGCGCGACCUGGAGUCUGCUAUCCGAACAGGUCUAGACUGGCCCAAUAGGUUACAAGUUGCCAUUGAUGUGGUCGAGGGAAUACGCUUCCUUCACAGUCAAGGCCUCGUACAUCGUGACAUCAAGUUGAAAAAUGUUCUGCUUGACAAACGAAAUCGUGGCAAAAUAACCGACUUGGGUUUUUGUAAACCAGAAGCCAUGAUGAGUGGAAGCAUCGUCGGUACUCCGAUUCACAUGGCACCCGAGUUGUUUACAGGCCGCUAUGACAACAGUGUUGAUGUUUACGCCUUUGGUAUCUUGUUUUGGUACAUUUGUGCGGGUCACGUGAGACUGCCGUAUGCGUUUGAGCAGUGCACCAGUAAGGAUAUGCUGUGGACUUCAGUCAAAAGAGGUGUUCGGCCUGAGAAACUGGCCCAGUUUGAUGAUGAUUGCUGGUCACUCAUGCAGGACUGUUGGGAAGGCGAACCAUCCAAGCGGCCUCUGCUCGGCUAUGUGGAGCCUCGUUUGCAAACUAUUUUGAGCAAUACACAGUCACGUGUGACCCGGGCUCCGAGGCCUCUAAGGAGCAAAUCUCUAACUCUCAUAGAUGAUGAUUUGUAAAUUUGAGAGUUGAAUACAAGUACUUUUGAUGUAUUGUUUAGAAUGUACAUGUGUAUUACAUUCAAAAUAGAGACAGUGUUACCUUAACAUUGGGCAUAGUUUUCAAAUCUUUCUCAGUUCAAUGAGAGACUGCUUUUCUCCCCGACAUGAUGAGGGCACUUCUACAGUGCAGUACCUUCCUAAGUGUUGCUACAGAGUGUAUUUGCUGUUGUAAAGUUAUUUCAUACGUAGGUGCUAUACAUACAGGGCUAUUUACAUGUUCAUUUAUAAUCCAGGGCUAAUUUUCAAAGAAGUUUAGCCUGACCUGAUCUAUUGCAUAAGCUCCUUCUGGGCCCUCAAAUGGACGUUGUUAAAAAAGAUCAACCAUGUUAAGGCUAUUUGCUGUUGACGAUUUUGUCUUCCAAAAGAGGUUUAUGUAUGUAAACCAUUGUUUUAAAAUGUGGUAGGAUUGCACAUGGAGAUGUGAAAUUUUUAUGUAUCAACUAUUUCUGGAGAAAAAAUGAGUGGACAUGAAAUGUAAAUAAAGAAGUAAGGUUCAAGCUGCUUGUCAGAUAACUUUGCUGUUAAGAUGUUUGAUGCAUCUACCUAUGUAGACCCUUAUGCGCUUGAAAUAUUUGCUAUAUAUUUUUGGUCCAAGCAUUCAUGAUGAAUACCAUCAAAGUCUAUUCUUAUAAAACUGUAUAUAGUUUGAUCGAUCUUAUCUUCUUAUCUGUGUAUAUAUAAUUGUGUAUAUAUCUGAAAUUGUAUUUGAUGGUAGACUAUUAAGUUUUGCUACUGCUUUGGACAGGGUGUUAAUAGUCUUUCACAAUAGUGUCACACUCCAUGUUGGUAAAAUAUUCGUAUAAUGGCCAACCCAGUUGGCCAUUAGCACUAUUCCACCUUUAAGAAUGAAUUGUACAUGUAUAUGAUAUGUGAAUCGAAAUAGUACACAUUUCAAUUUCAACAAACCGUUCUAAUGCUUCCAUGGAAUAGGAGAGAAAGAUAUUUCUAACGUUUGUCUCGACUGCAUAGUUAUGUGAUUGUAGCAUUUCAUAGCCUUUGGCAUUUGCCUGAAUAACCAUUUUAGCAUAUCUUAUAAUCUGCUUGUAAUAUGAUUCCUCUGCGACCAGAGAUCACCGAAAUCUUGACAACUGCAAUACAAUUUAAUGUUUCAUAAUGAAAACUGAUAUAUCGCUGUUUGCAAAAGCCAAAGACAUCUCAGCGACUUGUAUAUUCUGCUCAAUCAUCAUAAAAUAAAGUUGGAACUGCAACUCGCAACCAAAUGAACUGUACAUACAGGUGCUUGAGCCUACAAAUGAUAUUUUAUCAAUAAUGUCUCCGGGAUUCUGUCGCUAAUGUACUGUAGACUAAAAAGGAAUAUUUGUGUGAUAGGUACUGCUGCAAGCGGGUUGUUCUCACACUCCCGCGCUGUUUGAUUUCAUGUGAAUAUUGCCAUAGUUUCCACAGAAGCAAUGCAUAUAAUAAGUAACUCGGCCAUCAUGCUCUCCAUUUUGUCCCCGUUUUUUGUUGUUGUCAAUGUACGUCAAUACUUCAAAUGAUUAAUGAAUACUUGAACAAUUGGCAUUGACUCACGAAAUUAACCUGUCACAAUUGUGUCUGUCAGUUGUCAUGUGAGAUGACUCGUUGCAACGUACAUGUAUGUAUGGUCUACAGUAUUGACUUGAAUGAUAAUUUGGUGUUGUAACUGUCUCAGUCACUGGGAAGUCGCAGUCACUCAGAGAGUGGCUUGUUCUACGACUUUCCAGUGACUUAGUUACAAAUGAACAACAACUCUCGUUAAACAGAUUCCGUCUCAUGUAACUAUUGCAGUCAAAAAUAAAUGAUGAU